AUGUCAAUAAUCAAGGGAGCCUUGCUCGAUCUCAGCGGCACACUCCACAUUGACAAGGUCGCGACACCCAACGCAGUCGCAGCGCUAAAGAAGCUGCGUGCUGCCGGCGUCAAGGUACGGUUUGUCACGAACUCGACCAAGACCAGCGAUGAGCGCCUCUACGCAAAGCUGACCAAGCUUGGAUUCGAACUCGACCGAACUGAGAUAUUUACAUCGCUGAGUGCAGCCAAGCGACUGGUCCAAGAGCACAGCCACCGGCCGCUGCUGCUGCUAGAGGACGAGGCUCUGGAGCAGUUCACCGAUAUCGACCAGUCGGAGCCGCACACAGCCGUGGUGCUUGGCCUCGCACCAUCCAAGCUCGACUACGCCAACAUGAACCGGGCCUUCACCGCACUGAUGAACGGAGCAGAGCUGAUCGGCAUUCACCGCGCCAAGUACUUUGCAUCGUCUGAAAACACGCUGUCUAUUGGCCCAGGCGGGUUCAUUGCUGCGUUGGAGUACGCGACAGGCAAGCAAGGGGUGCUUGUUGGCAAGCCCAAGAAGGAGUUUUAUGAGCUGGCGCUCAGAGAUAUCGGACUGCUUGACCAGCCUGGAUCGGUGGCCAUGGUUGGCGAUGAUGUGCUGGCUGAUUUAGGCGGUGGAGCACAGGAGCUUGGGCUCAAGCGAAUCCUGGUUCGUACAGGAAAGUACAUGGCCAACGAUGAGGCCAAGGCCGAGGUCCCUCUGGACGGCACAUUUGACACAUUUGCCGAUGCUGUCGACAAAAUGGUUAGCUGGUAG